AUGAAUCAAUCGUUGCAAAUUUGUCUCUGGACUUUACUUGAGUUGUUUGCACUGUUUAGCUAUGCAAUAUCUGAUAUGCCCAUUUACUUUGAUGAUCCUCCGGUAGUCCAUACAUACAACCGGUUACCUGAGAUUGAAAAGGAAUGCAGCCCAUUUCUAUCUUCAGCUUCCGAGUUAAAACCCGAUGAUGUUAGAGGUUAUAAGAUUAGAAAGGAGCUUUCCUUCUUCCAAGGUGACUGGACACAGGAACUUGGCAGAUCACCGUUGGUACCUUUCGAUGACAGUGAUCUUCCAGGAGAUAGUUUGUCUGUCUCUUCUCCUCUAAGACUUGUAGGAUUUGAGGUAAAGGAUGUUAAUCCAGUCCAUCAGUUGAAAAAUGCUGUCAGUCUCCGCGGGACUAUGUGUAUUGGCAUGGCCAGGAACAGCACUUUGAUUUAUGAUCCGCGUUCCAACUUCCAUAUGGCGCCUGGUAUGUCUGUCCUCAAAAUUGACUUUGAAGGAGUUUAUAUUGAAACCGAAAAAGAUGGGGGACAACGUUUAUUCUGCAUGUUGGGGAAUACAACUCUGCCUUUCUGGACCUCAGCUCCUGGUACGUCGAGCUUUACAGUUUCUUCGAGCAACAACCAGCCCAGACUCUUGCAGGAUGGUCGCUUGUUGUUGGUUCUUCAUUAUCCUAAUAUUUUGACUUUGACAAAGAGAGCAAUUUUGGGAGAACUUAGAAGUUUGAAUGAGCCAAAGAAUCCUAGGUACUUUGAUGUCAUUCACAUAUCUUCUCAGCUGAAUGCUUUCUCAAAAUACAAGUUCAGCUCUGAAAAACUCAAGUCAAGAACUUGUGAUUUAAGAUUGUUUAGGCAGGAUCUUGAUGACGAUGAUGCCAACAGAUUUAAUAACACUGAAUUCUGUAUUGUCAUGCGUAGUUUUUCAGGAUAUCUUUUCAACAUUGUACCAAACUGGAGAUUUUUCAACACUGGUAGACUCGGGCCUUUUUUCCUAGGACGGGGUACUCACAAAAAUGUUAGGCUUAUCAUGCAGAAAUUCAUAUGUGAAACUAUGAGCAACAGCGCCAGGGUUGCUGCACUUUUCAGAGCAUUUCCUGCAGAGAUGGAGGGAGAUAUAGCAGGUAUAAGGACUGGGCUUUCAGACAUGACAAUGGCUGUUGAAGGAAUAUGGGAUGCCUCCAAAGGGCAUCUUUGCCUUGUGGGGUGUCCUGGAGUCAGUAGUUCUGGACUUCAAGGAUGUGAUUCUCAGAUCUCAUUGUACUUUCCUCAUUCAUUUUCCAUCAAGCAGAGGAGCAUCAUCUUUGGAAGCAUAUCCAGCAUUAGCAGUGAAGACAACUCAUAUGAUCCAGUACUGUUCGAGUUGGAAAUGCGUCCUUCAGAUCUCCGAUUGGUCCAUGGUUGGUAUGGUAGUUAUUUUCUUUUAUACAAUUACUCAAAGAUUGAACUGGCUGAAGCUUUCUGGAAAAGAAGCCAAAGUGUUGGAUUGGUCAAUCUUAUCAAACCAUUUUUUCUGUCCUAUCCUGCGAAAAUAAUCCAGCUUCCAAGAUUGGUAGCCGAUGUCAAAAGGUUGGUCCUGAGUUAUUCAUCUUUGUGGAAAGCCAAAGAUGUAUUUGCUCAUUAUGAUUCUCUCUCUUAUGACCUUCGUAUUUCAUGCUAUGGAACUCCUGUAUCUUCGUAUAACAGCCAUAAGCCUGACGUUUUCAUUGAACUUGAGGUCCUCGCUUUGGGUCCUCUAGCCAUGGGUCGCCGUAGUCCCUGGUUGCACGAAGAUACUGCUAUUCCGGAUAAUCAUGUCAAAGUCUCAAAGUCUGAGGUGCUGAAUGUUUCACUUUCUCUCAUGUUCACACAAGAACCUCUCAAAUUCACGGAGAAGGAUUACAAGAAUGUAUCAAAGUUGUUUCUGGAGGGCGUAUAUGAUCCACUUGCAGGUGAGAUGUACUUAAUUGGUUGCAGGAGGGUCACAGUUCAAACUAGUACAUUGAACCUCGAGAGGGGCUUUGACUGUUUGAUUGAGGUAAAAAUUCGGUACCCAGCUGAAGCACUGAGGUGGUUGGUCAAUCCUGAAGCUGAAAUUACCAUCACAAGCCUGAGGAAUGAAAAUGAUUCCUUGUAUUUUCAUCCAAUAGAACUCCAGACCUCUAUGCUUCCGUAUAACGAACACCAAGAAGAUGCAGUCUUUAGAAAAGUUUUUGAAGAGAUCCUGCGGCAUCUUAUGAUCACAGCAUCUAUUGCACUCAUUUCAAGCCAGCUGCUUUACAUGAAGAAAAAUGUGGAUGGCAUUCCUGAUAUAUCUGUUAUCAUGCUCUCCUUGCAAUUUCUUGGCUAUGUAUACCCAGUGCUCUCCAACACCAAAUUUCUGUUGCAAGAAAAAGAGUGCAAAUUCCCAUAUGGCCUCCUUGGAUAUGACCAACUGUUGACUCUCCUUGAUUACACUGCCAAGCUUCUUGUUUUAACUGCAUUGGUGAUGACCGCAACUCUUAUGCGCAAGGUGACAGAAUUUCGUAAGCAACCUCAUCCUGGUUCCCCUUCCAAACCCAUAGGAGUUCCUCAGGAUAAAAGGGUUCGCCAAAUUGUUGCUGUAAUUCUUGUACCUGGGUUGCUGAGCUAUUACCUUCUCUAUAGGAGUAUCUUUGAGAACGAGGACGUGAGCAGAAUUGGAGAUGCACAACUGGAGAAAAUUUGGACAAACAAAACACAGGAAUUCAUGGGCUUCAUUCAAGAUCUAUUUCUGCUUCCUCAAAUUGUUGAAAACGUGAUAUCCCAUUCUCCUUUUAGACCCCUGCGGAAACUUUACUACAUUGGAUUUACUCUGAUGAGGGUUGUUACACAUCUUUAUGACUCUGUAAGAGAUCCAGUAAUAGAUCCCUACUCUGAUGAGGCUGCAUUUGUGAAUUUGGACUUGCUUUUCACUUCUAGAGCACACAAUAUUGCAUUCGUAGUCAUCAUGACUGGAUUAGCGAUAGUGUUGUACAUACAGCAAGAGCGGAGCCACCAGAAGUUCAUCCAACGGCAAGAGACAGUCACAGCCAAAUCUAUGUAG